CGUCUCUGGAAAUAUUCUCAAACUUUUGCUCGUCUUCCAGAUUUUGUUCUGAGGAGUAACCAUGAGAAUAGCCAUCUUGUUCGGUCUGGUGGCCAUUGCAUCGGCCGAGGUAUUGCCAUCCACUUCCUAUGGAGCCCCGGACGGAGGAUUCUCAAACGGUUUUGGAGCUCUCAACGGAGCCUCAAACAACGGUUUUGGUGCCCCAAGUAAUGGUUACUCUGCACCAAGCAACACCUAUGGCACACCCAACGGCGCCUACGGAGUAGACCCUGAGAUUGCCGCUUUGGCCGAGAACAUUCCCGGGGGCGGCGUCCCCGGCGAGGACUACCCCAUCUUGGCUUCCGUGCCCGACACCGGGUUCUCGUGCGAUGCCGUAGCGGUGCAAGGUUAUUACGCCGAUACUGCAGCUGAAGCCGGCUGCCAGGUGUUCCAUAUCUGCCAGGACCGCGCCCUCAGGCGCCAACAGGACUCGUUCCUGUGCCCCAACGGUACCAUCUUCAACCAGCAGUACCUGGUAUGUGACUGGUGGUUCAACGUGGACUGUUCUCAAGCUGAGAGCUUCUACUCCGUCAACGAACUCAUCGGAGUCGUUCCCGACGCCGGUUAUGCCUAUGCUGCCGCCACCAACGGCAUCCUCAACGGAAACGGAAACGGAUAUGGAGCCAACGGCAACGGAGCCAACGGAAACGGAAGGAACGGAGCUAAUGGAUACGCUUCCAAUGGCAACGGAAAGAAUGGCAAUGGAGCCACCAAUGGAAACGGAUAUCGCUCAAAUGGCAACGGCGUCAGUGCUAAUGGCAACGGCAACGGAGUCUCCAAUGGCAAUGGCAGGAACGGCUAUGCUGCUAAUGGCAAUGGAGCGAACGGUGCCAAUGGAAAUGGUCUCAACGGCAAUGGGUAUGGAAGAAGCUCACUCAAUGGCAAUGGAAACGGAUAUAACGGCAAUGGUGCAAAUGGUAAUGGCAACGGCAAUGGUGUUAACGGCAACGGAAACGGAUACAACGGCAAUGGAAGAAGUGCCCUGAAUGGCAAUGGAAACGGGUACAAUGGUAAUGGAAAUGGACACAAUGGCAAUGGUGCAAAUGGCAACGGAAACGGAUACAAUGGUAAUGGUGCAAAUGGCAAUGGCGCUAAUGGCAACGGAAACGGAUACAAUGGCAAUGGUGCAAAUGGCAACGGCAAUGGCGCUAAUGGCAACGGAAACGGAUACAAUAGCAAUGGUGCAAAUGGCAACGGAAACGGAUACAAUGGCAACGGAAACGGAUACAAUGGCAAUGGUCUCAACGGCAAUGGAAGAAGCGGUCUGAAUGGCAACGGCAAUGGCAACGGCGCCUCACCCUUGCCCCCCAGCACCAACGGCGUCGCCAGCGCCCCCUCGGCCUCCUACGGCGCCCCCCUCUGA